CUUGUUCUUUAAUAAUGGCCACAAGACUUGAUCGGUUGGUUUUAUUACUAGACACAGGUUCAACCACUGCUGUGAGACGCACUGCUGCUCAACAGUUGGGUGAAAUCCAAAAGCAACAUCCUGGAGAACUCUAUAAUUUAUUAUCGAGAAUUGUUGUUCAUCUAAGAAGUAAAGCAUGGGAUACGCGUUGGGCAGCAGGCCAAGCAUUAGAAGCUAUUGCUGCCAAUGUACCCGCAUGGGAUCCAGAAGACCAAGAUGCCAUGAACGAAGAUCAGCCAGAAGAUUUGCAUAAAUUACAGUUUAGUCAAUUUGAUCUUGCCUCUGUUCUUCAGCACGGCAAACUCUUGUUGGGUUCUGCUGGUAAAGAAUACGAUAUAGACUUUUCAGACAUGACACCACAAGAACGCUUGGAGCUUCAAAGACGCAACCUGAAAGAACGCCUUGGUCUUGCCAGUCAAUUCAUGGAUGUUGACUUGGUGGAUGAUGCUGAUUUGGAUACAAAACAAAACAAAAUGAAGACAGAAACCAAGAGUCCUUCACCUUCGCCUUCCACAUCCACCACAGCACCCACCCCAGCUGUAGCAGAAAUCAACAUGGCAGGCUUAUCUGCCCGUGAGCGUAACAUGUUGAAGCGCAAAAUGAAACUAGAAUCCAAAAUGAAGGGCAAAAAAGAAAAAGUGCGUGUGAUGGAUUUAAAGGGUAAAUCAGAGCCAAAGCCUGUCAAGAUAGAGUCAAAAGAAGAAUUUGAAUUCACAGCUCAACCUCAGUCUGACAAAUUUGUUGUUGAAGUAAAGAAGCCUGUACAAGAAAACGAUCAAGUAGAUGAAGUACAGCGUGAUUGGCCAUUUAAAAUGGUAUGUGAGCAUUUAUGUCUGGAUUUAUUUGACCCUGCUUGGGAAAUUCGUCAUGGUGCUGGUAUUGGUCUUCGUAGUAUCCUAAAGGCCCAUGGAGAAGGUGCUGGUAAAAGACUAGGCAGAAAGGAAAAGAAUCAAGAAAUGCAUAAUGCAUGGCUUGAAGAUGUAGCUAUUCGUUUACUAUGUGUAUUUGCAUUAGAUAGAUUUGCUGAUUUUGUAUCGGAUCAAGUUGUCUGUCCAGUGCGUGAAACAUGCUCACAGACGUUGGGUGUUGUUCUGCAGUACAUGACAGCCAGUUCAGUCGAAAAAGUACAUCAGAAUCUACUUCAAUUGAUUAAUCAAAACGAUGCUUCAUUUCAAGGAAAAUCUAUUUGGGAAGUACGCCAUGCUGGUCUAUUGGGCCUCAAGUACACAGUGGCUGUAAGAAAGGAUUUGGUAGAUAUGUUGGUAGAUGGAACAACAGGUGCAGUCAUUCUAGGCUUACGUGAUCAUGAUGAUGAUGUACGUGCAGUCAGUGCAUCCACACUGCUGCCCAUUACGGCUGAAUUUGUACGCAUGAGCUCAAAAGAACGCAUUCGAGAUGUCAUUACAACAUUGUGGGACUGCCUAAUUGAUCUCAAAGACGACUUGACAGCUUCUACAGGCGCAGUAAUGGACUUGAUCUCUAAAAUGUUUGAACAGCCUGGUGUCAUGGAUAUUGUACGACAAGGCUGCAGUCUAUCUGAAUUAGUGCCUCGUUUACACCCAUUCUUCAGACACACUAUCACCAGUGUUCGUAUUGCAGUAUUAAACACCUUGUUGACUUUUAUUGAAUGCGGUACUGCAGCAGAAUGGAUUGAUGACAGAGUAUAUCGUCUUGUAUUUCAGAACUUGAUUGUAGAGGAAAAAGUGGACAUUAUUGAAAAGACAUUGACUGUCUGGAAAGGAAUGACGAUUGGUGGCAAAGUAGACAACCCAUUGAUUCUUCAAGGCACUCAAAACUGGCUAGGAAGUUGGUUUGAAAUUACAAUGACACCUAUUGGUCAGCCCUUGGAUAUUGCUACCUACUUUUAUAAACCUCCUGGUGCUUUUGGUAACGGAGGCACCUUUGCUACAACGACCUCUGCACCCACUGUAGGCACCAACAAGAAAGGAAAAAAGGCAGCGAAUAACAAUAUAGGCAACAUUCGUACUGAAACUGUGCGUGAAGGUGCAGAUAGAGAUGGACAUAAUUUAGAUGCUGGGAUGAUUGCCCAAGAUUUCUCGUUGAUUACAACAGAGCAAGUGAUGCGAUGUCGUAUUGCUUGUACUACUGCUUUGGGUAUGGCUAUGAGUACUUGGCCUGAUGAUUCCAUGGAAAUGUCGUAUCAAGAAGUUCUGUUAACCCUUUUAUCUUCUCAAUGGGCCUUGAAGCGACAAUUGGGCGCUAUGGCAGUAGAAGAAUGGGCCAAAGCUGUCCUUAAGACAAGAUAUAAUGCAGAUUGUAUUAGUCAUGCUCCACCAGAAGCUAUUUUAGCCAACAGUCAUAAUUUUCCUCGCAAUCUCUCUGAAGCCAUGAUUGCUAACCUAGAGACGGCUCAGACAAACAACACAGAGUUUUACUUUGAAUUAGUACAUGUACUGAAGCGCAUUCGUGGUGAAUGUCAAAACAUGGUCAAUGCUUUCCAUACAGAAGCCAAGGUACCUCUUGAGCUUAUUCCCACUUUACCUAGUUUGGUCCCUGGCGAAGCAUUGCCUGAUCAAGGUCCCUUGUUUACCAUUGAAACAGCCACUGGUGUUGUAGGCGAAACAUUUGAACAACUGCUUGCCAAAGUACCUCGUAGUAAAGGGCGAGCUGCCUUGAUCACGGCUUUGGAAGAUCGUCAAAAACGCGUCGUGGCCUCGAUCGGUUAUUUCGAAGAACUCAAGCAAAAGAUUGAAAUCAAUGUGUAUGCUAGCACAGCAGGAGCCGUGGUUGAAUUAGGUGUCUUGCCCACCAAGCUUAAUCCUGUGAUUCGAAGUGUCAUGAACAGCAUUAAAUACGAAGAAAAUCUCGAACUCCAAAAGCGUUCUGCUGCCACAUUGACGGAUCUGAUUGCUCUUUGCGAACUCAACAAAUCUCGCUCUAAUCCUAAUGAUAAAGUCGUCAAGAACUUGUGUACAUUUUUAUGCAGUGACACAACCAUUACGCCUGUCUUGCAAGACAAUCAAGUCAAGUCUGCUAUUUUAUCCAUUGCCAAAGAAGAAACAAGCAAGGCGAAUGCAAACAAAGAAGUAUUGACUCAAGAACAAAAAGACGCUCAAUUGAUGAAACGUGGUGCUGAAAUUACUUUACGUGCAUUAUGUGAUACGUUUGGUGAUCGCGUAUUUGACAUUGUGCCUAAAUUAAAAGAAUGCAUCAGUCAAAAGGUAAUUGAAGCCUUCCCUCUUGUCAGUACCAGCAGUGAACAAUCAGAUAAUUUGAUCACAACCGAUUUCCAAUUAGGUCAAGAUGUGAUUGAUUCCUUGGCUAUUCUCAACAUGAUUAUUCCUUAUUUAUCCAAGGGCCUUUGGAACCACAUUAUUCAUAUUGUACCUCAUAUAUGCAAAGCAUUGCAAUCUUGUUAUGCUGUUAUUCGCCAUGUCAGUGCUCGUUGUUUAGCCGCUAUUGCCAAUGUGAUCACCACAGAAACUAUGCAAAUUAUUGUAGACAAAAUUCUGCCUCAAUUAGGAAAUACACUGAAUGCCUAUCAUCGUCAAGGCGCUUCUGAAUUAGUGUAUCAUUUAGUUCAAUUGUUGGAUACCAAGAUCUUGCCUUAUACUACUUUCUUGAUUGUGCCUAUCUUGGGUCGUAUGAGUGAUGUAGAUGAAGCUGUGCGUUUAACAUGCACCAAUUGUUUUGCUCUCUUGAUUAAAUUGGUUCCUUUGGAGGCUGGUAUUCCCGAUCCACCUGGCAUGUCUGCAGAAAUGUUGGCUCAGCGUGAUGAAGAGCGUCGCUUCUUGUCUCAACUGCUAGAUAGUUCCAAGGUAGAAAACUUUACUAUCCCUGUCAAGAUCAAUGCAGAACUCCGUAAAUACCAACAAGAAGGUGUCAAUUGGCUGGCUUUCCUGAAUAAGUUUCAUUUGCAUGGUAUCCUGUGUGAUGAUAUGGGUCUUGGUAAAACGCUGCAAUCCAUCUGUAUUCUUGCCAGUGAUCAUUUCCAUCGAGCACAAAAAUUUGACCAAAGUAAAUCGCAAGAAUGGGCUCCUAUUCCUUCAGUGGUCAUUUGUCCUCCUACUUUAACAGGCCAUUGGUACCAUGAAAUCCUGAAUUACUGUGGUAAUUUAAAACCACUGCUAUACACAGGUGGUCCUGCUGAAAGAAAAAGAUUACGUUCUUCUAUCUCAAGAAACGAUGUGAUUAUUAUGUCCUAUGAUAUUAUUCGUAAUGACAUUGAAGAACUAUCAGCGAUUACAUGGAACUAUUGUAUUCUUGAUGAAGGACAUAUUAUCAAGAAUGGCAAGACCAAAAUCACAAAGGCCAUCAAAUCACUUCGAUCUGAUCAUCGUCUUAUUUUGUCUGGUACACCUAUUCAGAACAAUGUAUUAGAACUGUGGUCCUUAUUUGACUUUUUGAUGCCAGGUUUCCUUGGUUCUGAAAAGAUCUUCAAUGAAAGAUUUGGUAAACCUAUUUUGGCUAGUAGGGACAGCAAGAGUUCGUCAAAAGAACAAGAAGCAGGCGCACUUGCAUUAGAAGCCUUACAUAAGCAAGUGCUGCCAUUUUUGUUGCGUAGAUUAAAAGAAGAUGUCUUGCAUGAUUUACCACCCAAGAUUAUUCAAGAUUAUUACUGUGAACUAAGCGAUUUACAAAAAUCACUCUAUGAUGAAUUUGCCAAAUCGCAAGCCAAAUCAUCUGUUGAGCAAGACCUUGUUUUGGACAAGAAAUCAACAGAUAAACCUAAAGGAGCAACGCACAUUUUCCAAGCAUUACAAUACCUUAGAAGACUUUGCAAUCAUCCCUUACUUGUAGUCAGUGACAAAUAUCCCAAUUACAAGAAAGUAGAAUCGUUUUUGCAAAAGACAAAUGCAAACAUACAUAGCAUUUCAAAUGCACCUAAACUACAGGCACUAAAACAAUUAUUAGGCGAAUGUGGUAUUGGUGUGACUACCACGGAAUCAGAUUCUGAUCCUGCAGCCAUGGCUGUUGGCGCUGUCAGUCAACAUCGUGCCUUAAUCUUUUGUCAGUUGAAACCCAUGUUGGAUAUCAUUGAGAAUGACUUGUUCAAGACAUUGAUGCCUACAGUCAGUUACUUGCGUCUAGAUGGUUCUGUUGAUUCAAACAAGCGUCAUGAAAUGGUUCAAAAGUUCAAUGCGGAUCCUUCUAUUGACGUCUUGCUGCUAACAACUCAUGUUGGUGGCCUUGGUCUAAACCUGACAGGCGCUGAUACUGUAAUUUUUGUUGAGCAUGAUUGGAAUCCCAUGAAGGAUUUACAGGCUAUGGACCGUGCACAUCGUAUCGGUCAAAAGAAAGUGGUCAAUGUCUAUCGUUUGAUUACCAGAGGCACAUUAGAAGAAAAGAUUAUGGGCUUACAAAAGUUCAAGCUAAAUAUUGCUAAUUCAAUUGUCAACCAACAAAACUCGGGUCUUCAAAGCAUGGAUACAGACCAAAUUCUAGAUUUGUUCAAUGUUGGAGAAGGUGAAGACACAAAGAAAAAGAAGGCCAAGAACCAAGAUGCUUCAGCUGAGGGUUUGGGUGUUGCUAAAGCUGUUUUGGAUAACCUGGAGACCUUAUGGGAUGAAAAGGAUUAUGAAGAAGAAUACAACAUUGAUAGUUUUAUCAGUAGUCUAACUUAAUUGUGUA